UUGACAUCUCAACAACAAAUCUUGACAUCUCAACAACGAUUCUUGACAUCUCAACAACAAAUCUUGACAUCUAAACAACAAAUCUUGACAUCUAAACAACAAAUCUUGACAUCUCAACAACGAUUCUUGACAUCUCAACAACAAAUCUUGACAUCUAAACAACAAAUCUUGACAUCUAAACAACAAAUCUUGACAUCUCAACAACGAUUCUUGACAUCUCAACAAAUCUUGACAUCUAAACAACAAAUCUUGACAUCUAAACAACAAAUCUUGACAUCUCAACAACGAUUCUUGACAUCUCAACAACAAAUCUUGACAUCUAAACAACAAAUCUUGACAUCUAAACAACAAAUCUUAACAUCUAAACAACAAAUCUUGACAUCUCAACAACAAAUCUUAACAUCUCAACAACAAAUCUUGACAUCUAAAAUCUUGACAUCUCAACAACAAAUCUUGACAUCUAAACAAUACAUCUUGACAUCUCAACAACAAAUCUUGACAUCUAAACAACGAUUCUUGACAUCUCAACAACAAAUCUUGACAUCUCAACAACAAAUCUUGACAUCUCAACAACAAAUCUUGACAUCUAAACAACAAAUCUUGACAUCUCAACAACAAAUCUUGACAUCUCAACAACGAUUCUUGACAUCUCAACAACGAUUCUUGACAUCUCAACAACAAAUCUUGACAUCUAAACAACAAAUCUUGACAUCUCAACAACGAUUCUUGACAUCGCAACAAUAA